AUGAACAGCAUCCUGUUUGGAAGCCUGACACUCAGAUUGAAGGAGGUAAAAACAACACCCGCCAGGCUGCUCAACUCCUCUUGCUCCUUGGAGAAGAUGCUGCAGUGCAGCUGCUCCUUCCACGGGACCCCCACGCCCUCUGUGCAGUGGUGGGUGGGCGGUGUCCCUGUGGGUGUGAACAGCGUGGAUGGCGGCCUCCAGGUGACUUCCACCACCCUUGGCCCCUGGGCCAACAGCACCAUCAACCUGGCCAAGGAGCCAGAAAUGGGCACAAGCCUUCUCUGCGAGGGCAAGAACCAAAACGAAACCCAUGCUGUGAGCAUUCUACUGAUGUCAGGAAGGAGUCCUUUGCCUCCCCAGAUCUUUCUGAAAGGGCUGCUCCAGGGUGUUGUCUAUGGAUCUAUGGCAGUCACAUUGCUCUUCCUCUGCCUCCUCCCCUUCAUAGUGAAGCAUAUCAGAAAGAAGAAUGCAAAGAAAACUGCAAAGAUCAAAGCACAAAAGAACCCUGAAGUCAGUAGGCCAGAACCCAAGAUGUCUCCAAAGAAUGCUGAACCAGGGAAAUCCAUAACCACCCCAUCUUCUGAGAACCAGAUUUUGGAAAAGCAAGCUAAACUGGAGACAGUGAAGGCUGUGAAAACUCCAUGA